CUCUAAGUUCACCGCCUCAAGCUACUAGCGUGUCAGCCGCGACAUCUCUGCAUUUUGACCUCCUACCACCAUCUUCACGAGCCAGGGGUUAGGGAGCACUCUCUGAACUGAUUGUGAUUUGCGACUAUGGCAGAGCAAGCCGAGCUCGCUUUCGUGAAGUCAUUCGCGAGCAACCUCUCGUCGCAACCAGUUAUAUACGCGGAUGAUUUCCAGGAACCACCAGAGAAGUCUUUGAAGAAGAUACCUGUGCUACCUGUUGAGGUGCCACCGCCUCCAGAGUCAAAGGCUCCAGUUGCUGCUCCUAUAGGUUCUCUUAGUAUCACGUUCAAAUCUAUCAAACCUGCUAAGACGUACAAUCUAACUGUGCAAUCCACCGACACGAUCUCCGACAUCAAGUCCCAGCUAGCGGCAGAGCCAGGCGCUCCUCCUGCGGACGUACAACGUCUUCUGCUCAAGGGGAAGGCCUUCGCGGACGGGAAGCUGCUGCAGGAGUACAGUGUCAAGGAUGGAGACAUCAUCAAUCUGAUUAUUAAGCCUGGCUUCGACUGGGAUCCCUCAAAGGUCCCUGCACCGUCGUCGCCAAGGAUUGCAGAAGGCAAUAUCGUCCUUCUCCCUGAGCCGGCGCAGCACAAGACACGGAUGGGCCACGGACGCAUUCCAUCUGUAGUGCUCUCGCCAUCUCCAUCCAUCUCCCCCUCACCGGGCGAGACAUUGGUCGAUAUACCCCUCAUUCUGGACACCUCUAAUUCACCUUCAUCACCUCAAUCUCCGAGGAUUAACACGUCUUACUAUGCGACGAUCUCUCAGCCGACUUUCUGGGAACAUAUACAGAAAUUCCUUGAAUCGGAGUUCCCAAAUAACAUGGAUGCGGCGACCGCAUGGGAGAACUUCUUCUGCGCGAGCAAGGGAGAGCUGAGUGCAUCUGAGAUUGCGAAGAUCCGCGACCAUGUUGGUAUGAUUGGGAUGGCAGGAACCUAAGUGCAGAUCGGGCUGUGGUAUGUUGGGACUUUGUUGCACUGGGUCGGUUCCGUGGCGAUAUCCUCAGCUUCAUUUUCUUUGGCGGCUUUUCAACUGAACGUGUAACGUCUGCUCUGGAUAUUU